GUGCGUGUGGUGCCCCUGCUGCCGGAGCUGGUGAUUGGAGGAAACCCCGUGUCUGCGGAGCGGCUGGAGCCUGUGAGCUGAGAGAUAUAGGGACAGAGUCUCAGCCCCGCCGCUGCCACUGCCGCCGCCCAGAGACCGCUGAACCCCCUGUCCGUCCGUCCGCCGCCGCCACUCACUCCGGGCACAGAACAUUCAGUCAUGGAUAAAAAUGAGCUGGUGCAGAAGGCCAAAUUGGCUGAGCAGGCUGAGAGAUAUGAUGAUAUGGCAGCCUGCAUGAAGUCUGUAACUGAGCAAGGAGCUGAAUUAUCCAAUGAGGAGAGGAAUCUUCUCUCUGUUGCUUACAAAAAUGUCGUAGGGGCCCGAAGGUCAUCUUGGAGGGUUGUUUCAAGUAUUGAGCAAAAGACGGAAGGUGCUGAGAAAAAACAGCAGAUGGCCCGAGAAUACAGAGAGAAAAUUGAGACUGAACUAAGAGAUAUCUGCAACGAUGUACUGUCUCUAUUGGAAAAGUUCUUGAUUCCUAAUGCUUCACAAGCAGAAAGCAAAGUUUUCUAUUUGAAAAUGAAAGGAGACUACUACCGUUAUUUGGCUGAGGUUGCUGCUGGUGAUGAUAAGAAAGGAAUAGUGGAUCAGUCACAACAAGCAUAUCAAGAAGCAUUUGAAAUCAGCAAAAAGGAGAUGCAACCAACGCAUCCCAUAAGAUUGGGUCUGGCCUUGAACUUCUCUGUGUUCUAUUAUGAGAUCCUGAACUCUCCAGAGAAAGCCUGUUCUCUUGCAAAGACAGCUUUUGAUGAAGCCAUUGCUGAACUUGAUACAUUAAGUGAAGAAUCAUACAAAGACAGCACACUAAUAAUGCAAUUACUGAGAGACAACUUGACAUUGUGGACAUCGGAUACCCAAGGAGAUGAAGCUGAAGCAGGAGAAGGAGGGGAGAAUUAACCAGCCUUCCAACUUUUGUCUGCCUCAUUCUAAAAUUUACACAGUAGACCAUUUGUCAUCCAUGCUGUCCCACAAAUAGUUUUUGUUUACGAUUUAUGACAGGUUUAUGUUACUUCUAUUUGGAUUUCUAUAUUUCCCAUGUGGUUUUUAUGUUUAAUAUUAGGGGAGUAGAGCCAGUUAACAUUUGGGGAGUUAUCUGUUUUCAUCUGAGGUGGCCAAUAUGGGGAUAUGGAAUUUUUAUAACGUUUUACAUGUUUGGCAUAGUACUUUUGGUACAUUGUGAUUUCACAAGGCCAGUGUUAAAACAGCUUCCAUGUCUAAGCAAAGAAAACUGCCUACAUAUUGGCCUGUCAUGGUGGGGGGAUAAAGGGAUAAUUGGUUCCAGCCACAGGUGUAGUUAUUGUGGGUACUUUAGGGUUGGAGCACUCAUGGCUGUGGUAGAAACAGAUGUCCCAUAGAUAUUACAUGUUAUUCCAUGUAUAUCUGUGGAAUACACAAUCUCAACGUGUACACCUUUAUGAUUGCAGUUGCAAAAGUGUUCCUUAAGACAAAGUUUUAACCCAGUCAAUUUACUCUGGAGAAGGGCAGAAACGGUUCACAUUCCAUUAUUUGUAAAGUUACCUGCUGUUCGCUUUCAUUAUUUUUGCUACACUCAUUUUAUUUGUAUUUAAAUGGUUUAGGCAACCUAAGAACAAAUGUACAAGUAAAGAUGCAGUAAAAAUGAAUUGCUUGAUAUUCAUAAAGUCACUGUAUAUCAAGCACAGCAGUAAAACAAAAAACCCAUGUAUUUAACUUUUUUUAGGUUUUUUGCUUUUGUGAUUUUUUUGAUACUUGCCUAACAUGCAUGUGCUGUAAAAAUAGUUAACAGGGAAAUAACUUGAGAUGAUGGCUAGCUUUGUUUAAUGUCUUAUGAAAUUUUCAUGAACAAUCCAAGCAUAAUUGUUAAGAACAUGUGUAUUAAGUUGAUGUAAGUGGAAUAAAAGUUUUAUGAAUGGACUUUUCAACUACUUUCUCUACAGCUUUUCAUGUAAAUCAGAUCUUUAGUUCUGAAUCUUCUCUAAAGGAAAUUGUACAUUUUGAAGAUUUACUUCCCACUUGGUAGCUAUAUAAUGGACUUAAAAAAAAGUUUUAAGUAUAAAAUUAUCAAAUGGCAAAAGUUCCAUGUGUUCCAUAUUGUUCCAAACAUUACUCCCCUCUCCACCACCCUGAUUCAAUUUCUCUUUUAAAACAAAGGUGGUGGUCUAAUAAAAUCAUAUGUUCCACUUAAAUUUUUGGUAUGGCAUUUUUCUAACUUACGGAAGCUACAAGUCUCGUGGUCUGUGGUGACAUUGGUUAACUAUCAGGUUUGUGCUUCCAAAGUCCCUCUUUAAAAAGAAUUUGUUGCUAUUCUUAUAGCCUGCCUUGGAUUUUAAUCCCAUAUUCCAAUUUGUCAGGUAUACCUUUAGCCUUUUCUCCUUCUGCCUUGUCACCAACCACACUCCUAUUCUGGUGGUGGAGGGGGGGAGGGUGUUGUGUGGGGAAAGAUAGCAUGAUAUUUCUGGCUUCGGUAUCUGAGAUUCCUUUAUUCCUUUGCUUGCAUCCCACAAAGUUCUUUCCUCUAUUCCUAUUUCCUAUAGGAAAUCUUCCCUUAAUUUAGUGAGAAUAGUGGCUUUUUUUUUCCCCCUUAAUCUCACUCUAAGCCCUACCCUGAAUGGUUUGUUAUUGUCUGCCUUAAAACUCUUCCCUUAACCCAAUCCUCUCACCAAGUGAUGGUGGGGCUAAGUUAUACCCAAAGCUCACGCUGCAAAAUCUUCCCUCACUACCCUUGUAGAAAACACCAAACACAAAAAACCAUUUAAAGAGAGAGGUGUAUUUUUUGUUAUAGAAUGUAAGCUCCUCAAGGGCAGGGACAAUGUUUUUCUGUAUGUUCUAUUGUGCCUAGUACACUGUAAAUGCUCAAUAAAUAUUGAUGAUGGGA